AUGGCUCUUGUUCUCAGGCUUGGCGACGUGAACACACCCAUAUUAAUCACCCUGUUCGAUUAUUAUUGUUAUUACUGUGUAUACAGCAGAUUCCUGGACAUUCCUUCUGCUUUAUACUGUCUCUGUCUCUCUGCUGUUAUUAUUGUGAUAUCAUUUUCAUAUUUCCUCUUCACCUGUCUUCUCCUUCUUUCAGGUUCAGGCCGUUUACCUCCCAUGAUGCACCGUCAGAUGGCCCCGGAGGGCCGGGGCCAGAAGGCUGCGGGCAGCGGCUACUCCAGAGCCCACAACCCAGAGGCCUUAACCAAGGCGAAGGGAACAGGAGUGGGGACAGGAGGCAAAUCCAACCUGGCGGGACAGAUCAUCCCUGUGUACGGCUUCGGGAUCUUAUUCUACAUCCUCUACAUACUGUUCAAGAUCACAUCUAAAGGCAACAACAAACCGUCAGAGAGCAGGUUUCCUUCAGUCCGCUCGGAGAACAUGAAGAGGAAGAUCACUGACUUUGAACUGUCUCAGCUGCAGGAGAAACUGAGGGAAACAGAGCUGGUGAUGGAGAACAUUGUUUCCAGUGCCCACGACGGCCCUGACAGGGUGAAGGGUGUGAUGGCAGAUCAGGAGAAGAGUCUCCUGCAGCAGCUGACGGAGAUAACUCGGGUGAUGCAGGAGGGACAGCUGAUGGAGGGCAUGACUCCAGAGAAGAAAGCCCAGGACAACUGGGAAGAUUAUCCUGAGGAGCCUCAGCAUCAGUACUGGGAACAUUCUCGCUGCUGUUGUCAGCACAGUGAGCAUCACCACGGUCCACACACAGAGACGGAGGCCGACAGGACCGAAGCUGCCGGAGGUGACUUGCUGGAAAAUGUGCCUGCCGAGGACGUUACAGGCAGAGUGGAGGCCGAGGAGGCAGAGGACGUGAACACAGACGCUGUGAGAGAAUCUGAGCUAACUGCAGGAAGUGAGGAGGACUCGAGGCUACAGAGUGAAAGUGAGAGGGUGACGCUGCAUCAACACAAGGAGCGAGGGGGUCAAAUUGAUCUGGGCGUCCCAGAGAAAGAGCUGGCUGUAGUCCUAAAGGAACUGGAGCUCACGCUGAAGAUGACGACCAUGAUGGAGCAGGAGAAGAUGGAGGACCUCACCCGGCCUGUGGAGACAGAACCUGCUCACAGUCAGGUCAGACGGAGAAACAAGAGAAGGAGCGCAAAGAAAGCUGCACACUGACUCUAACAUGACGCACAUGAACUUGAGUCUGGUGUAUGUGAGAAGAACUUUUUUUUUUUUUACAUCUGUUCUCAUCAGAUGGACGGUAAUGUGACGGUUGGUGAUAGCAGUUGUGUUUUUGUUGAAGUGAGUGAAGGAGAAAUAUGUGAACAGAGCAGUUUUAUCAAUAUCAGAUUUAUCUAUCAGAGAAAAAAGAAUACGUGGUAUAAAUAUACUCGAGAUGUUUCAUUGGAAAAAGGGCAGUUUUCUGUAAAAUGUCAAAUGGGCAGAAAUAAAUGCAGUUGAUGAAAACUGGAUCUGUAAACAAAAUAGUGAUUGAUUCGAUUACAUUACUGUAAUUUACUGAGGGGACUUGUGCUCCCCCCACUGUUGUCAGCAUGUGUGGACAAAAUUCAUUCUGAACUUCCUGCAGUCUUCACAUCCCAGGUGGAUAUAUUUACUAUAUAUAUUUAUAUUAUUUAUAAAUUACUGACAAGGAACUUGUAUUCACUUUAACAGCUUUAAUGUGAGCAGACAAUACGCUGCAGUAAAUGUGAGGAAAUGGGACAAUGCAUGUUGGACAGUAAGUGUCCCUGCUCUCCUUUAGACAGUGUUUGUGAUAAACAAAUCAUUUCUGUACCAAUAUCAGUUUAACCUCUUCAGCUUGAAAUUAUUAAAGGUUCUUACUUUUAUAAAACUUAUUUAUUCACUGUUCAGAAAAGCACCCGAAGACAUCGGUGAUUAAGAUACUCUGAAUAAAAUGGUUACUCCAAUUUCCUCGAGACUCUGUUUCAGUUAUUUUACUCCAGAUUGUCACAAGAUUAAAAUUGUAAACAAGCCGACUCUUGAGACUCUCACCGUUUGUAACCUGCAAAGCUU